CUGCUGCUGAAUUCUCUUCUUUUCAGCACAAAUAUUUACCCCAAACUUCUAAUUGACUUCUUGUCUGACCAACAGAUCAUUUCUCUUUCUUUAUGCCACUUGCAGAGCUUUAUUUAUUACACCUUGUGUGGUGCGGAGUUCUUAUUGUUGUCUGCAAUGGCUUAUGACAGGUAUGUGUCAAUAUGUAAGCCUCUCCAAUAUGCAAGCAUUAUGAACAGAUCCACCGUCUCUAUUUUGCUGGUUCUAUCUUGGCUUUUGCCUGCUUGUCAGCUCAUUCCGUCACUUUUUAUGAUAAGCAACUUAGAAAUGUGUCACUUUUCUUUAAAAGGAAUUUUCUGCAAUAAUGGAAUUUCUAAACUUUACUGCAUGAACUCAGCAACAACGUAUGUUGUUUACGGUGUGUUUAUUAUCCUUACUACUAUAUUCAUUCCUAUGAUUUUUAUAAUCUUUACCUACACAAAAAUACUUUUGGUGUCGUAUCGAAGCAGCAUGAACGUCAGAAGAAAAGCUGCGCAGACGUGCUCGCCUCACCUGCUGGUCCUGAUCAGUUUCUCCUACUCCUAA